AUGGUUGGACAGAAUAUUAACUACAAGAAAAUUGAGGAAAUUGAGGAAAUUGGCAGUGAAUAUAGUGAAAAAAUUCCUGCAACUAUACAAAAACCCACUACACUGUGUGUUAUAAUUGAUAAUUAUUAUGAAGAGAUACGUUGCUGUAAUAGAAUCAGCAAUAAGAGAUUGCAAGAACUUAUUGUUGGAUCUUUUUGUGAACGACCCAAGCUUGUAUCAUAUUUGCAUGCUAUUCUUCAUGCUGCAAAUGUAGUAGCAUACUCAAAAGAUUAUGAG